GUUUCACUUUUGUUUUCUCAGUUAUGCUUGAUGACGUCCGCAUUACCUAGGUCGGGCAAGAAUCAGUGUUUUUUUCAAUACCAUCCCUGGACACAUGUUUGUUGCUUGGGAGACGCUGCAGGAGGAAUUUGCUUGCUUCAUGGCUGAAUACAAAGGCAAAGACCAGGAUGACAUUUUUGACAAGCUUAAGGAGGCCGUGAAGGACGAGGGCAUCAAGAGGCACAAGUGGAACGAGAGGGCCAUGGACAGCCCGAGGGCGAGCCCGGAUAAGCCUGAGUGCGACCCAACAAACCUUGAUUUUCACUCCUGGUCGAAGAACAUGGCAUCAGCUAUGGAAAGAGCAGGUUCGAAUCUGAGCUCUGGCCUUCCUGCGUGGAUUAUGCAUGGACUGCACCAUGGGUUUUCUCCAGGUCGCUGGUGCAGGAGAUGAAAGGUCACCGCUUUGCUCAGCUGACCUUCUUUGACCUCCACACGUCUCCUCUCUGCACUGGCAAACAUUGGAACAGGCAGUCCAUUAGAAAUGUUUACUGGCCACCUUAGAGAGCAACUUGACAGCUGAUCAAACCACAAUAGUGUUUGUGUUGUGAGCAAUGGUAAGCUUCUUCUUCAAUGGUAAGCUUCUUCUUCAAUAUUCUUCAAAUCGUUAAAUCAAAUAAUAACUGAAUAUAAACUGGCGGUGGUCACUGCGCAUAAUACUCGUAUAAUUUAUUGUUUAAAACAGAAAUCCGUUAACAAUUUUCUUAGAAAUAACAAUUAAAAAUAAUUUGUGUUGUGUUGCUGAUGUUGUCAUGGUGGCCACAAAUCAUCUACUUGGCGUGUGUACAACUUGCCUACCCUGUUAUAUUGAGCAAAUGUAUGCAGCUUACAAAGUAACAACACCUCUAGUUUGUCGUAUUGGUGCAGGCAGAUUUAGUGCAGUCAAAAAAAAAAUCUGUUUGAAAUUGUAUCAACCUGCAUGUUUUCAAAUAA